CACCGCCUGAAGUCAGUUUUGCCUGCGACAUAGUUCGUCGCGCUUCUGUGGAUAGAAAUUAUUCCGGACUUGAAACGUGUUGGCUUCUCAUAUGAAUACUGAUCAAGAUCGCGUUAGUUUAUCGAAUAAUUAACCAUGACGCUGGUCACGUCUUUGGUGGCUCUUUUCUCCUUUGCUCUUGCAACUACAACAUCAGCGGACAAUGUUAUAUUUGAUAAGCCAAAAUUUCCUGCCGCCAAUCCGUAUGACUUAGAGAGUGCUUUCCAGAGUCGAAUCAAUAACCUUCAGAGAUACCCGCUAGCUGUGGAAGCUGUCUUGAGCGUGGCACUUAAGCUUCAAGCAAUUGACGACCGUAGCGGGAAGCAACAAAAUUUUCUCGUGUCUCCGUUAGCUGUGGCUGGAGCAUUAGGCCAGCUGAUGCUUGGAGCUAGAGGUGAUCUAAAAAAACAAAUUGCAAUCCUCCUCACUCUUCACGAUAGCACGCAGAAUAACACUACGAAUAAGUCUGCGGCUGCUGUUGUACAACGUAUAGGAAAUCCUGGGGAUCCAAGUUUAGCUAACGGAAGUGUCGCUGUGGAUUCUCGAGUGGGGUUUUCAGUCAGCGCCAAUAACGCCUGGUCUUACGAACCUCAAGUGUUAAAACAGCGCCAAUUUGCUACAAGGAAUCAGGAUGGUUUACCUGGUCUGGAAUUGCAUCGCCAACUGGGCAGCUUGAUCCAUGAGCUUUCAACCGCUCUUCCCCCACCUGGGGUUGUCCCAUCGUUGACCAACCGGUCCUACUUGCAUACUAGCAGUGCAUUUUUCGUCGCCGACAACAUGAAUCUGAAUGAUGUUUUCGCUCGUGGCAUCGGAGAUUUUUACCACUCGAAAGUUAUGCCACUUGAUUUCAGGAAUGAUCCUGUCGGUGCUCAGAAAACAGUCAACGAAUGGGGAUCGCUGCAAACCGGAGGUUUCGUUGAUCGCUUUCUAGCACUUCCGCCCCCAAUGGACACAGCGGUAAUUCAAGCUGUAACCGUUCACUUCCGCGGUGCCUGGGAAACGCCUUUCAUACGCGGCGGAACGAUUCCCGGAUUCUUCAAGACGUCAGAGAACACCACAGUCCCUGUGAACAUGAUGAGGGGUACAUUCGAGGAGACGAUCUACGUCGAAGACAAUACUUUGGGUCUUCGCAUGAUGGUGCUGCCUUACUCCAAAUACGAAUGCGCCAUGUACGUGAUCCUCCCAACCGAGUCGAACCCCCUGAAGUACAACGUCAGUCACCUGAUCACUCAACUGACGAGCAAAAACUUGGUGGACUUUAUUGCAAUGGGAAAAAAACGGACCGUGAACGUUAUGUUCCCCAAGCUCUCUCUGACUGCAUCACUGAACUUGGCAUCAGCCUUGGAGGAGCAUGCUGCCUUUCUGAACAAAGAGAAGGCUGAAGCCCAAGCGGCAAAGGAAGGAAACUUAAACCCUCCGUCACCUACUACGAAUCAAACCACAACUUCUGGGGUGAAUAUUGGUGUUAACUCUCGAAUUAACACGAAUGCAUCAGUGAAUCCGAUACCCGAUGAUGUGCAACGAGUCGUACCGUUGGAAGAAUCGCAGCCUGCGUCAACAUCAGAAUCGAGUCCAGUUCCUGCAAGUGAGGGCACUGAGGAAAUUCGCAUAACGUCAAGAAGUGGAGAAGCUUCCUCGGAUCCCAACGCGUCCAAAAUACCCUUACCCAAGGCUCCGUUGAUCCUCGCCGGGGCGGCGGAAGACUCCAGGUUCCGGAUAUCGGAGAUUAUUCAACAGAUAGCACUUGAGGUCAACGAGGCCGGAACGGAAGCAGCCGCCAUUGUUGGAACGACGAUAAACUACAGCGGUGGCGUGAAGAAUUUCAAAGUGAACAGACCUUUCCUGUUCUUCGUUCGCCACGAGGAAACCCACGCAAUUCUAUUCUGGGGAACCAUCGUCGAUCCUACCGCGUGAUCAAUAUAUUCGCCAAUUUUAUACCUCGAUUAAUUUUUAUCUACAUAUUCAUUCUGCGGCUCUAUCAUUUAGAAGAACCGGUUUUGCAGAUCAAUAAUUGCUAUCUAGCAGUUAAUAUACUGCUGUUUAGUAUCAGUUUCUUUACAUUCAUCUCCACGAACGUGACUAUAGUUACCCGUGAUAGUGGUAACGAUGUAUAAAGCCGAUCUAUGACACAUUCAAGAACAAAAUGAUAAACUGGAUACGUAAUCUCUUUAUUUGUCUCGUUUUUACCGAAAAUCGGCAACCUUUGUGAGAACGUAGGGCUGUACGUAUAGGUUAUUCGAUUCACUUGCACCCUAUCGAUGUCGGCGCGACUUUUUGUUGCGUGCUGCUGCAUAGUCAAGGCUAGUGAACCGUAAAAUGCAAAGCAAUUGACCAACGGUGUGCACUAUACCUUGGGUAUCAAUGUAUACAGAUAUAGCGAGCCGUGUAUCGGUUAGACACAGACGUUUAAGUGCAGGUCGAGGCGUGGAGGAAGACCUGAGGCAAUCUGGCAAUAUAACAAUCGGGCCAGCGUGGCCGACGCAAUUUCCUCCGUGAAUGCGUCCCACUGGAACCAUCGGAUCCGUAUCUAUUUUAUAGAUAAGCCUAUUUCAUUCGCGCCUCAUUCUUGCGCUAGGUGAGGCAAUUCGUCGAAGAAUCAACGAUUGCAAAAUUUGGCGGGUCCCGUAGCUGCUCCGCACUAUUUUCUCAUAAAAAAUGUACCGAAAUACUGCACAGUUUUCCCUUACUCUUUGCUUUUUGUGUUGCUGCUCACUAAGCUUCACGGUUUCUUUACUGGAAGUUUGUUUUUAGUACUUAAUUUGCACAACGUGUUUU